UCCGAGGUUCAUGGCGUCGCUAAUGUUGAUGGUGGCGUGCGUGGCGCUGCUGGCGAGCCUGAGCAUCGAGGAGGCGCCGCAGCCGCGGGGGCGUGGGGAGACGCUGGAGGCAGCGGGAGCUGCAGCGGCGGCAGUGCUGGCCAGGGCGUGGCAGCCACACUGCUGCGUCAUCAUGUUAACGGACGGCGCCGCCUCCACGCACGCUGUGGCCAAGGCGCUGCGGCAGAUGGCGGCGCCCUGGGGAGCCGCUGUGCUGGAGGUGCCGCCAGGGGCUGACGGACCCAAGGACUCCCUACCACUGCUGCGCCGCGCCCUGCGCCAGGCACACGAGGUGCAGCGGGUGUCGUGGUGUGUGGUGGUGGUAGUGGUGAGUGACGACCCUUCCUUCCUCGCUGCCUGGACGGAGCUGGCCAGGAGUGGCGGCCUACUGGCGUGGCCCACGCAGCUAGUGGCGCUCACCGGCCUGCCCAAGGAUCGCCUCCGUCACCUGCACUCAAGCUUCUCCCACGUCAACGCUGUGCUCAUCGUCAGCGACGGCGACGACUCGCCGAGGUGCGAGGUGGUGGUGCACUUCCCUUACAGCGAGCACGUGGUGCAGGUGGCCAGGUGGCGUUCUGGCCGCCUCACCCUCGCCUCCUCUCUGCCUCUCUUCCCGGACAAGUUCCACAGGUUCGUGGAGCGACCUUUCCUUCGCCUCACCGCCCAGGAGUUCCCGCCCCACGUGGUGAUGCAGUACAGGGCGGCUCCUGGGGGUGGCACCAAACUGGUGUUCUCGGGCGCCAUGAUGAGCGUUCUUGAAGUCCUCGCCCAGUCCCUCAACUUCAGUUACGAUGUGGUACCUCCUCCUGACGGCUCCUUCGGCAACAGGCUACCCAACGGUACGGUCACGGGGAUGGUGGGCAUGGUGGUCCGCCAGGAGGUAGACCUUGGCCUGGGUCCCUUCGGCUUCUCCGCGGUGCGAACCUUGAUCAUUGACUACACAGUGCCGGUGGUGAACGACUACCUCAGGAUCCUGGCUGGUCGCGGCCGCCCUGAGGUGGACCCCUGGGGCUUCCUGCUGCCCCUAGCCCCCCUUGUGUGGGUGGGCCUGGUGGUGGCGCUGGUGGUGGUGAUGGCCAUUGUUCUGCUCCUCGCCCGUUGCGUCUCCCUCUAUCCCCCGGCCCUCGCCCCAUACGUCAGGGUCCUGCUGCAGGAGAACUCAUGGCUCCCGGCGCUGUGGGGCUGGGAGCGCCUGGUGCUGGGGGGAUGGAUGCUGGCCAUGCUCGUGGUGACGCAGAGCUACACAGGGAACCUCAUGUCCCUGCUGGCGGUGCGUUACAUCCCGCAGCCCUUCCAGACGCUGCGCGCGCUGCUCGACGAUUCCGCCACCACCAUGAUCUGGGAGUACAAUACUGCAUAUGUCAACUACUUUCGUACAACGGAGACCGGCAUCCUGAGGGAGGUGCGGAAGAUGGACGCUGCGGGCCAGGUCCAGUACGUGCUGGCAACGGAGUACUCGAACAUGCUGCGAGGAGAGGUGCGGCGCGGGAGUCACGUGUUCAUCGGCGAGGACCUCACCAGCAAGAUUCUAAUGGCGCAGCAGUUCUCCGAGACAGGCAGUUGUGACUUCUACACCUCGAGGGAAUCCUUCAUGCCGUUCCUGUACUGCAUGAUUGGCCCCAAACACAGCCCCCUCGUGCAAAGCGUCAGCAAGCGCAUCACGUGGAUCACGGAGGCGGGCCUGUACGACCAUUGGAUGGGCGGCUUCAGCUCAAACUCCACAGUGUGUGAGCGCCCGCCGACCAAGAUCACCGUGAGGACCCCGCUUUCACUCGGCAAUGUGUGGGGCAUGUUUGCAAUUCUGGUGGUGGGCAACGCUGUGAGUCUGCUGCUGUUCCUGGUGGAGGUGCUGGCAGGCCACCACCUCCACUUCCUCCUGACGGCGACCUCCUCCUGGACGUGACCUCGCUCUGCGCCUCGACACAACCUUUGCUUUCAUAGGAUGCAGCAUUUUGCUCUUAUAAGGAAGGAGGAAUGCAUAAUGUACGACACGAGAGCUCUGCAAACAGUUGUAAUGAUAGAGCAUGUAUCAAACUCUUCGUAUAUUUCUUAAAAGUU